AUGCUAAGGGAUGGUGUUCUAUUAUGUCGUCUAUUAAACGAAUUAUCCCCCAAUUGUGUGGAGGAGAAAGAAAUCCAAAGGCGACCUCAUAUGUCAGAAUUUACUUGUCAUAAAAACAUUUGUCUAUUCCUUGGUGCCUGCAAAACUGUAUUCAAUUUGAAACAAGAACAAAUGUUCGAAGCUUGGGAGUUGUUUCGUUUGCAAGACUUCGCAAAAGUUUUAUCCGUCCUUUCUAUGUUGUCCUACUCGGAGCCGGCAUUGGCAAAGAACGUCAGACCAUUCCCCUCCGAAAUAGAUGCUACAUUGUCUCCUAAUCUUCCUCUUCGAAUACGUCCUCCUCCGGAAGAAGAAGCCAUUUAUCGAAGUUUACAAGAUGAUGUAGAAAAAGUUGACUUGGACGCUGCCAUCUAUGACAUCUCACCAUUGAAGAAUGAGGAAGAGGAACCCCAAUUCAUCUAUGACCAUAUCGUCUGUAGAAAAGAUAGUCAACGGAAACAUGAUGUUAGUUAUUUUGAGCCUUAG